AUGAGCUGGAUGGACUCCUGGUCCCGCCCUUCAAAACACCAAGCCACCCCGGCACCCUACUACCUCCUGCCCGGAGGCGACUCGACGCCCUACUGCCGCACCUGCGGGCGCGCCAUCGGCAGCCGCAAGGCCGACAAGAGUAGCAGCGGUGGCAGCAACGGCGGCGCCGCCGCCGCCGCCGCGAGGUACUGCUCCGCGCGGUGCCGGAGCAACAAGCCCGGCCGCCUGGACCGGGAGAUCGAGGCCGCGUUCGUGCGCUUCCUAGAGGGCAAAGAGGAGCUCCCCCCGACCACCAGCAUCGAAGCGACAGGCGAGACUCCUGGAGUAGAGGGGAGGAGUAAGAAGAAGAAGAAGAAAGGCCCCUCCGGCAAGCCCGCCAAGGGCGACAGGCGUACCCUCGUGCUCUGCGACGCCGUGCAGGCGUACAUGUUCAACAAGCACGAGGAUGCUCCCACACCCGCCUCCUCCUCCGCACCAACACCAGAAGACCACCACCCCGACACCAACACCGAUUCCCAUACCGACCCCGCCGAGCCUCCAUCACCAUCACCACCCGCCAACCCCCGCGACUCAGCAAUAGACCUCCUCCCCCCGAACCUCAAACCAGAAGACGACUUCUCCCCAAGGUCCGCCAACCGCGGCCCCUCCCCAGACGCAGAGCACCUCGCCCGCCUCUCCGUCCGCAGCGGCACCCGCGUCCGCCCACCGCAGGCCGUCUCGCAGGUCAACGGCAGCGUGGGCGGCGAGAAGGGCCGCGCCGAGCGGCAUGGCGAGACCGACGCCAUGCGCGCGCGGCGGCUCGACGGCCAGCGCGAGGUCCGCGAGCGCGAGAAGGUCCGCGCCGCGGCCCGCAGGGGCGUCGUGUUUGGGUUCCCUGUCGUCAACGACGACCACACUACCGAUAACAACGAUGACGGAGGCAAGAGGAGGAAGAAAUGCGAGGCCGUGAUGCAGGGCAAAGUCGUCGAGCCCAGCUUCGCAAAGGGGAACUGGGGCGUGCGGUGGCGGGAGGAGUGGUAG